AUGGCAAACUCAGUUCCGGAACGCCAUGAAAGAGGAAGCGAAAUAAUACUAAGUGACAGACUUAGCAACUUGUCAGAUGAUUUGCUUCGACAUAUUCUCUCUUUUCUUCCAACCAAAGACGCCAUUGCCACUAGCCUCUUGUCCAAGAGGUGGAUGUCACUGUGGAUUGGAUUGCCCAUUCUUCACUUCGAUGAUUCAAGCUUUCGUUCUUCUGAAUCUUUCUUCCAGUUUGUGGAAUGUGCGUUAAAAUUCUUCCCCAAUUUCAACCACAUCCAGAUCUUUCGUCUCAAAGGUAGUGGAAUAAAGUUUGGCCCUCGACCUGAUAAGAUUAUAAGUUGGGUUAAAGAAGUGAUUAAUAAGCUCAAUGAGCUCCAAGUUGAUGAACUUGAGCUUUGUUUUACAUCUUGGUCUAGUAUUAGGUUGGCCUCCAGCAUUUUCAAUUGCAGUACAUUGAAGGUUUUAAGAUUGAAAGAUGUAAAAGUGGACACUCUUUCUUCUGUGAAUUUGCCCUCCCUUAAGGUUUUGCAUUUGGAAAGUGUUAUGUUCCUAGAAUUUAGAUGUUUGGUAAUGCUUCUUGCUGGGUGCCCACUUCUUGAGGAAUUGAAACUGAGUUCAUUUGCUCUAUAUUAUUACAAUCAGAAGACAAAUGGCAUUUAUAGUCUUGAACAUUAUUUGGUCUCAUCAAAUAAUCCUUCCUCGUCAUUUCUCGUUACGUUAAAGAAGUUCUGUGUUGAUCAAUUCAAAGGAUUGGGAUUACGUAGAUACAGUGAUGAGCAUGAGAGAUCAUUCAGAAAUCCUAAGAAAGUUUUAUCUCAUUCUCAGAUCUGCACGUGGGAACGUGCCACCAUCAGAAUUUUAAAGCUGAAUGGUGUUAAAGUGACGACUCCUUCUUUUAUUCAUUUGCCUUCACUUGAAGUCUUGCAUUUGAGCAAUGUUAUAUUUCCAAACAUCCAAGGCGUUUACAAUCUGCUUUGUGGCUGCCCUUUGCUUCAAGACUUGUCACUAAAAUACUGCAGCGCAAUUCUUAUCGAUGGGCGUUCGAUUGUGCCCAUAAAGGAAGGCAGCCUUAGAAAUUUGGUGUCUGCUCAUGUUUAUCGCUAUCCAUUCACUUUGGAAGAAAGGCUUAAAAAUUUGGUGUUAGCUGAUGUUUAUCGCUAUCCAUUUACUUUGCGAUCUUUGUCUAAUGUUACAGCACUGCGGAUAGAUACGAUUGGUUUUUCAUCUCCCCUUGAUAUUCCAAAAUUUUAUAACUUAACCCACAUGGAAAUAAGAUGUUGUCCAGGUGUCUCAGGCACAACAUUAUUGGAAUGCUUGCGAAAUUGCCCCAAGCUUGAAACUCUUAAAAUUGAUGAGUUUAAUUCUAAGGAACCGUCGGGAAAUAAUGUUCCUCAAUGUGUUUCAUCAAACUUGAAGGAGUUUCAUCUUGGAAACUACAGAGGCCUCCACAAUGAGUUUGAACUUGCAAGAUUUAUUAUGGAGGAGGCAAGGGUUUUGAAGAUCAUCUCAAUUCGUACUAACUCGAAAGCAAAUUCAGAACAAGAAAUAAUGCUCAAAAGAUUAUCGUCUUGUAAUAUAAGCUCUGCGAAUUGCAGGCUUUUAUUCAACUCAAUUCCUAAGAUUUAG